AGCCCAUAUGCCCGAUUAUUCAGUUAAUUUCUAUGGCUGUAAAAACGAUCACCCCACCUACUCGAGUUAUAUAAGUGUAGUAAUUUCUCUUGUAUCUUGACAAAUUUUUUUUCAUUCUUUAUACUAUAAUGAGAUCAGCAACCGUUUUACGUUUUCAGAAAGAAACAGUUAACCAAUUUAACAAUAUAAUUAAAGCAUCUACCCCAGCUAGCUUGAACGCUACAAGAAAAGCUGCGGUUACCCCUAACAAAUGGCAACCUACUCAUGGUAAUUCUUUUAGAAGCUUUGCUGAAUAUAGAUUGAAAGCUACUAAUGUCAGUCCAUUGGCUUUAAAAUUCAAAAAAUCAAAUUAGCUAGUCUAUGCAUUUUCAGUUCUUGUCUCUAUUAAUAAUGUACGAUUUAUGAUAGUUGGGUACUUGUAGAAGUAGAUCCGGUUUGACCGGAUUUGGAGGGAAAAUGUCGUGAGCCUGUUUUUUUUGCAACCAAUCAGAAGAGUAUGCCGUGGGUGCGACACGGGGGCAGUUCCGGCCGCAGCGUGCGAAGAGAUCCGGGGGGGCCCAGGGGG